AUGUUCUUCCGAUGUUUUACGAAGAUGGAACAUUCAUCCCAUAUUCAACUCAUGGAGCCAACAGAAUAUUCGGAUGCUGUUUUCAACACGCUUGUGUAUACUGCCAUCCUUCUGGUCAAAAGAAAUCUUGGGCACUGGUCAGCCAGCAAGCACGGUCUUGGACUUGAGUACAACUUCAGAAGAGACAUCUCCCAUAUGCGUUCAGCCACGACGGAACGAAAUCUACUUCUGCGCGAGACGCUGAGCAAGCUUUGCUCCGAUCAAAGGUCUCUCGCCAUCCAAGCUGUACGAACGACAACACAUCGAGGAGCUGGCUUUGGCUUUGACGAAAAAGAACGCUCAAUUGGAAUCACCGCAGGUCCCUCCAGACUCGUGCAAGCACAGCAGUCUCAACAAAAAGUUGAGGACGCGGUGUGUUCCGAACGUUACAUGGAACGAAUAGGCUGGUUUUCGCGCUGA